GUGCGCGUGGCCGGCCUGUUCGGACUGAUGGUGUCGGAGCCAAAGACGGAGAUCAUGUGCAUGCUGCCGAAAGGGCUGGGGGAACGCCCGUUCGCGGUCAGCGCCGCUGGCCAGACGUACAAGCAGACAGAUCGGUUUGUGUACCUCGGACGUACCAUCUCCGCGGACGGGAAGGCCGACCGGGAGAUCACGAGCCGCAGCUGCCGAGCGUGGAAGUGCUACCGCCGGAACAGUGCUUCGAUGUACGACAGGCGACGGGCCGACCGCCAGCUCAAGAUCCGGCUUCUCCAGGCUGAAGUGGUGGAGACUCUCCUGUAUGGGUGCGCCUCGUGGAGCCUAACAGCGGAGCACUACACGAAGCUCAAUGGGACCCACCGCCAGUUCCUCACACGGUGCAUCGGCUGGAGCAAGCGGAAACGCUCAGACCGCCCCCUGUCCUAUGCCCAGGCCCUCAUCCAGGCAGGCUGCGAGGAAACCAUCGAGGCCACCGUGCGCAAACGGAGGCUGUGUUUUGCGGGCUUCGUUAUGCGCAUGGAGGACAACCGCCUCCCCAAGCGCAUGCUGCUGGGAGCGAUGGCGGGGGGUACCGGAUACCGGGGCGGGCAGGAGAGCGACUGGGUGUAUCGCCUAGGAGAGGACCUCGUGGCGUUUGGCAUGAAAGAGGAGAAGGAGGGGGGGAGAUGGAAAGAGAGCGCCAAGGACCAGGAGGCGUGGUACGACAAGAUCGAGGACGGGGCGGCAUGGUUCAUGAGGAAAUGGCACAGACAGGAGGCGGAAGCAUCCGCGAAGCGCCAGCGCCAGCGCGCGGAGGAAGCAGAGACGGAGAGCACGGCCGCCCCGGGCCCGAAGAGAAAGAGAAUCGGGGAAGCGGCGGGGGGGGGGAAGAAACGGCGACCGGACACUGCUGUAGAAGCGAGUAGGGCGGCCAAGGCCGCGCUUGCGGCGAACGACGUACCCAACUGAUGAUGUUGUCGCACCCUGUGUUCCCUUUUCCCUGCCGUAAGCUGUAUGCUCUUAGUAUUGCCUCCGGCCUCUCUUUGUGCUUUUCUUCUUUCUUUCUUUCUUGUUCUCCAUGCCCUCUCUACGAUGAUCUUGGACGAUACCUCGAGCUCCUUGUUAUUUUUGUUUUUUCCUUUGCUGGCUGCCUGCCACCUCUGCUGCCUCUUUGGUGCGGUGCCUACCCUACACUAAUGCGCUGGUGCAUACUGCACUGCUGUAGUACCUGGUACUGGUGUACGUUGUCCUUCGAUUUUUUAUUUUUUUUGUGGGAAUAUAUAUGUGUUUGUUUUUCGCCCCCCGUCUUGCUGCACCCCCUGGGGUGUGGUGCAGGGCGGGGGAUGCCUGGUCGGCGGGAACCCGGCACGGAACCCUCCGGCGUUGUAGGCGGGUGUGGGAAGCGUUCCCCGUUCUCCUUUUAUUUUAUUUUGAUCGGUCUCCUCGACGCUCUUUCUCGUUUGAUGCGGUAGCUGGUCUUUCUUUCUAUCAUUUUGUUUCUCUUCAGAGUGUUUUUUGUACCCUAUUUUUUUCUGUUUCUUCGUGGGGUCAUGUAUGCCGGGUUUUGAGACCAC